UGGAAAUGAUGUCAGAAAGUUAAUGCGUAAUUGGGCCACAUGACGUCGCGCAGCAAUAUUACGACGUCAUACGGGAUAAUGGAGCACCGAGCCCGAGUGGGAACAAGGAGGGCCAGGCGCAUCAGCAGACUGAGCAGCCGAGAACCUAACGUGGAGAAAAGAUAUACCGAUCCAAUGGACCAUAACAGGAGACAACACGGGAGCUGAGCAGACGAACUUACCCAGGACAAAGGGAAACACAGAAGGGAGGCAGGGAUACGUGAACACAGACAGAGGAUCAAGACCCCCAGAGACGGCCGUCAUCACUCAAAUACUGACAUCGAUAUUGGCAUGGUAUAUGUAGUGGACUCACCAGAGGAGCAGUGAUGAUGAAGCGGUCCAACGUUGAGGAAAACCGGAACUGUCGAGACUGAAGUAGAAUCGCUUCCUAGCAACGCUCUCAGGUGACGACCGAUGCACCAAAAUGCUCCGGAAGGGAAUAUGAAGGUGCAAGAGCCAGAUCCUGGACACAAAACAUCGUACUGUUUCAGGGACAUCAAUGCCACAGUGAAACCCUUCAGCGUGUUUGACGGGUGCGAUCACCAGGUGGAGGGCAUUCUCUUUGACCUGACCCUGCAGUGCAUCAACGUGUUCUUGGGGUUCCCCGCCAACGUACUUGUCAUCGCAAUCCUCAUCCGCAACCGCAAAGAGCCCUCCACCUCAGACAUAUUCCUGGGCUGCCUGGCCGCAAUGGAUGUCUACUUCAGUGCCAUGCCCCCACUCAGCUUCCUCAACCUUUACCUCUGGCACAGCAAAGGGGUGUGGUCCGCCCUGAAGUUCUCCUACGGUGUGAAAGACACCAGCGGCCCGUUGUUCCUCUCCUGCAUCUGCCUGGAUCGCUUUGUGGCUGUGGUCUUUCCGAUUCAGUUUGGGCAGCUCAAACACAUCAAGUACAGGCUAAGCCUCUCAGUUCUGGUCCUCUGCCUCACCUUCGCCUAUUCAGCGGCCAAGACAGUGGGAGGCCUCCCCAACUUUGAGAAGGUGUUCACGGGUGAGGUCCUGGCGACCUUUACCUGGAUGGUUGUGUGUAACAUGAGCAUCCUGUGGGUCCUGAAAAGGUCCCGCGGUGCAGGGAAAGACGAAAUGCACCCCAUGAAGAGGAAAGCCUUUAAGAUGGUGCUCUCUAUCCUUUGCAUCAUUGUGUUUAACUACCUGCCACCUGUCGCACUGUUCCCCUUCGAAGACUUCUACUCCCCUGAUGUGUUCCGCUGCUACGUGCAGCCCGUGGGCUUCGCCUUCCUCAACGUCAGCAGCACCAUCCAGCCACUUGUUUAUCUGUGUCGUCUGGAGAAGGCGCAGUUCCUCUCGGACGGCUGCGUCAAGAAGUGUUGCCCCUGUGCCGCUGAAGAAAAUACUAAAGCCCCGCCGGCGCAAAAUACUUGAGAUUUAUAUUCGAAUAUCAGACGUAUUCAUGUACAUUUGUCAGUUCAGCGCUAUAAAUCUAACUGUGAAUUCAUGCAUGUCUUGGUCACUGAUUUUAUUUCAGUUAUAUGCAUGAUAGGUUUGUUGGCAGAAAAUAACACAUAAAUGUAUCUUAAAAUAUGAUUAAAUGAUGACAAAACAAGUGGAAAA